CAAUAAUUCAUCAGUGUUGACUUGACCAGAGGCCGAAGAUGGGAUCUGACAAGAUGGCCGGGCUGCCCCACAGAAUCAUCAAGGAAACUCAGCGUUUGCUGGCAGAACCAGUUCCUGACAUUAAAGGGGAACCAGAUGAGAGCAAUGCUCGUUAUUUUCAUGUGGUCAUUGCUGGCCCCCAGGAUUCCCCCUUCGAGGGAGGGACUUUUAAACUUGAGCUAUUUCUUCCAGAAGAAUACCCAAUGACAGCACCUAAAGUACGUUUCAUGACCAAAAUUUAUCAUCCUAAUGUAGACAAGUUGGGAAGAAUAUGUUUAGAUAUUUUGAAAGAUAAAUGGUUCCCAGCACUGCAGAUCUGCACAGUUCUGCUCUCGAUCCAGGCUUUGUUAAGUGCUCCUAAUCCAGACGACCCAUUAGCAAACUAUGUAGCAGAGCAGUGGAAGACCAAUGAAGCCCAAGCCAUAGAAACAGCUAGAGCAUGGACUAGGCUGUACGCCAUGAAUAAUAUUUAAGUCGAUCCGAUCAUCAAGUUUGUGUCACUUCUCCUGUUCUGCCAAGACUUCUUCCUUUUUUGUUUGCAUUUAAUGGGCACAGUCUUAGAAACAUUACAGAAUAAAAGCCCGGACAUUUUCAGUCCUUUGGUGAUUAAAUGCACAUUAGAAAAUCUAUGUCUUGUCCUGAUUCACUGUUAUACAGCAUGAGCAGAGGCUAAAAGUAUCAUCAGGAUUGUCGCGAAAUGUUUAAAAGCAGUGGCCCUCUGCUUUUAUUCAUUUUCCCCAUCAUGGUUUAAGUAUAAAGCACUGUGAAUGAAGGUAGUUGUCAGGGUUAGCUGCAGGGGUAUGGGUAUUAUUUAUUUU